UUCUCUUCUCCAUUCAUGGCUUCAUCAACUUCUUUUCUGAAUAGCGGGUCACCUUCAUUCCCAUCGCAGAGACUCUUAGCUUUGGAUCAGCAGCUGCGUCAUUACAAGGCACCAACGAGUUCCUUGGAUGACAACGUCGAACAAAUGAUCCAGGAAGCAGCCGGAGAAGUUGUCCAGAACCCGGAAAUGUUUAGACCCAAAAGAGCAGCUGUUUUGAUAUGUCUCUUUGAAGGAGAUGACGGGGAUUUACGUGUCAUACUAACCAAAAGAGCUUUAAGAAUGUCUACUCAUUCAGGGGAAGUUUCAUUGCCAGGUGGGAAAGCAGAGGAAGGGGACAAGGACGACGACGAUACAGCCACUAGAGAAGCUAAAGAAGAAAUUGGAUUGGACCCUUCACUUGUUAAUGUUGUUACUGUUCUUGAAUCAUUUUUGUCCAAGCAUCUUCUUAGAGUUGUUCCUGUUAUUGGCAUACUUCACGACCGAAAAGCAUUCAAGCCUAAGCCGAAUCCCGCUGAAGUGGAUGAUGUGUUCGAUGCUCCACUGGAGAUGUUCAUUAAGGAUGAAAAUCGAAUCGCAGAAGAGAGGGAAAUGAUGGGAGAGAAGUAUCUUCUUCACUUCUUUGACUAUGAAACCGAGGAUAAGAAGUAUUUAAUAUGGGGUUUAACUGCUCGUAUUCUGAUACGAGCUGCUUCGGUGGUCUACCAGCGACCACCGGAUUUCCCGGAACAGAGUCCCAAGUACAAAUUUCUUAGAGAUGGGAACAAAGUUACUGUUAUGCAUUGAAUAAAGUUGCAUUGUAAUGCAAAUCUAUGUAAUACACGUCCAAAUGGGACAUAUAUUGAAAAGUAAUAAUCCAGCAGAAAAUCUAAA